GGUAAUCCUCACUCACUGUCGCCGGCUUUGUGUUUUUAAAUCCAUCCGUUUUUUCUUGAAGCUGAAAUCUCUCCAUGUCAACAAACUCCAGGAGCGCCUGCCUGCGGAUCAAAUGCAUGUGUUGUAAACAUCAUGGACAGUCAAGAAAAAUAGGCAAGUUGUCUGCCGUGUGGAGGACAGAAGGUUAGUAACACCCCGGGGCAUCCCUCCUCUCUUCUCGGUCAGGCAGUUCAGCAAGUUUCCAGCACCAUGGCUGAAGAAGAAUAUGGCAGCUUUGUGGACUGGAACAAGAUGGGGGAUCUGGCCAAAAGCAGCGGGCCCACCAAGGUAGACUGUAAAGACCUGAAAGAGUUCAAACAGAUGGCUCGGCAGGGUUACUGGGCCAAAAACCACAAACUACGGGCACAAGUCUACCAGCAGCUCAUCAAAGCCAUUCCCUGUCGUACCGUUACCCCAGAUGCAGAAGUGUACCGUGACAUAAUGGGAAAUGCAGCCACCAAGAAGCCCUCCUCCCACAUCCCACUACCAGAUUUUGUGGAUGGAAGUCCAGUCCCACGGUACUGCCUGAAAACAGAGGCAGUAGCAUCGGCCCAUCAGAUUAUCAACUGCGUGGCUGGACAGUUUCCAGACAUCUCCCACUGCCCGUCACUACCAGCUCUUACUUCGUUGCUCCUGCACUUCAGCAACGAUGAAGCUCAGUGUUUUGAACACGUCAGCCGCAUACUGGCCUGUAACGAGCCAGGCAAACGACUACUGGACCAGACUUUUCUGGCCUAUGAGUCUAGCUGUAUGACUUUCGGUGACCUGGCCAACAAGUACUGCACAGCCGCCCACAAACUGAUUGUGGCCACAGCCCAGGAUGUGCUUGAGGUCUACUCAGACUGGCAGCGCUGGGUGUUGGGUGACCUGCCUUUCAGCCACAUUGUUAGGAUCCUGGAUGUCUACCUAGUAGAGGGCUACAAGGUUCUCUACCGUGUGGCUAUAGCCUUGCUCAAGUUCUACCGCAAGCAUAAAGCAGGAGGCCAGGCAAGCCCGGGCGGCCAACAGCAGCAGGAUUCAGGCAAAGUUAGGGCAGACAUUCAAGCUUUCAUCAAGGGCAUCGCCUCCACCGUCACGCCCGAGAAGCUGCUAGAGAAGGCCUUCUCCAUCCGCCUGUUUAGCCGAAAGGAGAUCACCCUGCUGCAGCUCACAAAUGAAAAGUCCCUACAGCAGAAAGGAAUCACUGUCAAACAGAAGCGGCGCAACGUGCAGCUGGCUCUUAACCCUGACACCUUCUCCUCUGAGAUUGUCAGCUCCAAGGAGAUGCGGGACAUCUGGUCGUGGAUCCCUGAGCGCUUCGCACUGUGCCAACCACAGCUCCUCUUCACCACUUCUACCCACGGUUGCAGCCUGAACAGAUUCUACCAACACUGUGAAGGCUACGAGCCCACUCUGCUCCUCAUCCGGACCACAGAUGGCGAUGUGUGUGGAGCUUUCUUGACCACAGAUUGGGAGGAGCGGAAGAGAGGAGGCAACAAAGUGAGCUUCUUUGGCACCGGGGAGUGUUUUGUCUUCAGGCUGAAACCAGAGAUUGAGCGCUAUGAGUGGGUGGUGAUCCGCCACCCUGAGUUAGCCUCCUCUAUCAAGACUCAGGAACUGGAAGAUACAGCCUCCUCUGAGGGCCAGAACGCAGACAACAAUAGCUUAGAGCAGCCAGAGAAACCUGCUGGAGAUCUGUCGCCUUUCCUAUCCGCCCGCCACUUCAACCUCAACUCCAAGAAUACUUCAAUGUUCAUGGCUGGCAACUUUGACUCCAUUAUAGUGGGGGGAGGUGAAGGCAACGCUCUCUACAUUGACUCUGAGCUCAACCAUGGGCGCACUGGCAGGUGUGCCACCUUUGACAACCCGCCCCUGUGUGCUGAGACCUUCCAGGUUUCAGUGCUAGAAGUGUGGGGCUUCCAGGAUGCCAUGGCUUCAUAACACUGUACACACAUACACAUGCAUGUAGAUUCAUACGGCCCCAUGGACUCUUUUAACACUUGACACAGAAAGAAGUCUUCUAAAGUGUUUGAGGUGGAAAACCUGAAAAUCCGUCCUGCAAAUUCAUAAAUGAUUACCUUUUUUUUAUUUAUUAAUGCGGUUAAUCCAAGUUUCAUCAUGUGAAUAAAUGUGAUAUUUUUGUGCUUCUGUUUAUUUUUUGUAAUGUUCAAUGUUCAGGAUCAACUCUAGAUAAAGCUGACUUUAAGGUUCAUUUCGAUUUUUUUUUUUUUAUGUCUAAUGCUCUAAUGCUCUGAUGUGUGUAUGGUGAGCUGGUAUGUUUGAAUUUCUGAAUGUAAAUUCAGUCUUUGGUGUUCUGUGGUUUAGCAUAACUUGCCAAAUUUACUGUAUAGGUCCUUUAAAAAAAAAAAUGUUAUUACCAAUCCGUGUUGAUAAAUUGAGGUUUACAUUAAUGUGUGAGAUCAAUAGUUAAUUUGGUGAAACAUGUUUUUAAAUGUUGGAAUAUGAAGAUUAAGAAAUUGUAAAGUUGUACCAGGUCUGCUAGAUUUUAUGUCAAUUUAGGUUCUGUGCAUACGUGGGAGAUCUGCUAAAUGAAUUAAUGUGGUAAAUGUUUGUGAAUGUCAGUGGUGGAUUUUUGAGUGUUGCCAUUUUGCACCAUAUGUCAAAGCUUUCUUUUGAAUGAGUGACAGUUUUUAUUUCUUCUCUGUACUAUAUGAACAUUCAUGUCAAUUACAGUACAAACACUUUUUUUUAAAGAAAGGUGUUUUGGGUUUACAAAUAAUGGAUAUAAAUGCAAUUUCUGCUCCUCUUCUUACCAUUUUCAUGUUACUUCCGUCCUUUCCAGUGUAAAGAUAGUAACAAAAGAAGUCCAAAGGUGGUGUUGGGGUUUACGCCCUCUUCCUAUCUGUAUUAUUCAACAUUUUCUCUAGCGAAAUAUCAGUAACUGCAAAUGUAUUGUACAUGUGAAAUACAGCAAUAUGCUUUCAGUGUUGUCUUGCUA